AUGUCUUUUUCCCAAAAGCCGAUUGAUUUCGUCAGCGAGUUGCCAUUGGAAAUUGUAGCCGAACACAUUGUUCCUAGGAUCAUGGAACGCCAUGGUCGAACCUUUAACCUACAUGGGCGACAAAAUUACUUUUCAGUGUGUACGACGUGGAGCAAACGGAUCGCUGAAAACGACAAAAGCAUUCGUUUCAAUCUUGAAAGCGAGCGGUUGUCGCUUCGACUCGAUUGGAUGCGUGUGCGAGCAGUGGCCCCUUGCAUCAAAACGCUUACUGUAGCAACCCGUAGCGUGAGAUCCAUUUUCAAGCUUGUGGAAUAUGCACACUUUUCGUCGUUGCGCAAUUUAACAAUCAAGGAAACAGGGUUUCACAUGGCAUGGAUGGAACUACUUGGAUCGCUCCCAAACCUAAGAUACCUAUCUAUCAUGUUCAAAGUGCAACCGAAUUCACUGCAAUUAUGCGACAUGCUCGAUCAAUGCACGACGAUUGUUCAAUUGAGGAUUUCAAUGACUGAAGACUUCCAUUUCACCUCUUCGCUACAUCCUGAACGCAUGUAUCCUAACAUACGGCACCUUCAAGUUGUCUACAAUCCACCAGGUCCUUCUAGGGAUGUACGAUUCAUUGAGCAUUUUCCUGGUUUGCGUCUGCUGGGAUUGACGAGCCUUCCAACCAACCACGAAGCUGUGCAUACGAUUUUUCAAUAUUGCCCACACCUUCAGCAACUCUAUCUAGGUGUUGAGCAUCGUGCAUCAGACACAGAGAUUUCGCGGCUUCACCUAGACGACACACAAGGAUUACGGCUAUUAUCGAUUCACGAUGUUUCGCUCAAGGGAAACCUUUUUGAAGACUUGAUGAGGAACCAUCACGCUACCCUUCAGUCGUUUUCAUUGCAAGGCCGUUGUUUCAUGUACUCCCCUAUCGUGCGACGUGCUAACAAUCGUGUGGUAUUCAAUCAGCUACGCUCCUUGCGAUUCCCCACAAUUUUGGGACAAGGGGGCAUCAAUAUUCUUACAUGGAUAGUAUCAAAUGCGCCUUGUAUCCAAUAUGUGGAAUGUAUGCGAGGAGGUGUACGAGGGGAAAUCUUGAAUGCAUUGAUUGGCCGUCCUCUGACAACAAUUACUUUGGAAUACUCGGAAUUAUCUAGCGAUGUGGAUGAGCAACGAUUCCUUGACCAUCAUGUACAGCUAAGUACUGUGUCAACACUCCAAGAGCUCAAGUGCACUAUCAACAAGCCAUCGUACAGCGGUGAUAAUUGGCUAUUCUCGAUUCCACUAUUACAGCAACUCAAGGUCCUGGAGCUCCGUCCUAUAUACAGUGACCCACAAAAUUGUUCAAAUGUUUUGUACUUUUGCAUAAAUCGUUUCCUGGCGCAUUGCGAUGCAUUUAGAACAUAG